UUCAUUUCGGCUCAAAGAGGCUACAUGACGUGGCUUAGGAUCUGAAUUCUUUUUGGCGGACGACACCGUCGACUUGCUGCAUUCAAGAAUGUGAAUUCAUGUCUCCGGUAAAGAAAAUGACGAUAAAAAAAGAGAAGAACCCUGGCCGAACGACAGGAUCUGAAACACAGUCCAUGUCUACGAGUGAGCUUCCGCAAUCGGAGAACAGCAACCUCGAGUCGGAUGCACCAAGAAUCCCUGCUGACUCCACUGCAGCAACUCCACCGACAACACCCACCGCAUCUACUAGCCAGCUACCUCCACAUCCCGCCGACCGCUCCCGCACGACCCUUUUUGUCUCGACUAUUCCUUAUAAUGCCACAAACGAGCAACUCCAAGAGUUCUUCUCGGAGAUCGGUCCAGUACGGACCAGUUACGUUGUGGCCGAUAGAGAGGCUAGCGAAUUCAGGAACAAGGGUUAUGGAUAUGUCACUUACGCCCUUCCUGAGGACGCACUCAGAGCCAUAAAAGAGUUGAAAAAGACAAAAUUCAUGGGCGUGCGUACUUUGAAGAUAGAGUACGCGUACAAAAAAAAAGUCGCAGAGGAAAGGAAGGCAGCUGGUCUUCCCGUAGAAGGGGAGACGCAGCCCAUAAAGAAGAUGAAAGCUGACGGAAAUAAAACCGGAUCCACUCCAUUCAGUAAACCGCGAGACCGACCGACAACGAUUCUGAUAUCCGGCCUUGGUGUGGAUAUCAACAAGAAGCAAAUUUACAAGAAGAGCAGAAAGUUUGGUGACAUCAAGGAAGUCAUUUUUCCAGUAUUAAAAGGCGACGUACCGGUUCCUGGUCAGGCCCUUGUUGUGUACUCCAGCGGAAAAGAUGCGGAAAAUGCGAUCAAGCAUCUUGACGAGCAUCAGUUUAAAGGACACAAAAUACAGGCCAAAAAUGUAGCUGAAGAGCAAAGAGAAGCGAAACGAGCACGGCUGAUUGUUCGCAAUCUUCCAUGGCAGUGUACAGUGGAGCAUCUUCGCAAAGUAUUUGGCAAACACGGCAUUAUUGUGGAGUGUUCUGUACCGCAAGGCGAGAACGGAAAAGCACGUGGCUUUGGAUUUGUACAGUUUGCUACACCAGGGGAGGCGGAAAAAGCCACCGAAGCAAUUAACGGGACCGAAAUUAUGAAGCGGACGGUGGCUGUUGAUUGGGCCUUGCCAAAAGCACAGUAUGAUCGGGUAGUGGCGGAAGAAGAAGUUGGGGAUGAAGAAGACAUAGAACAAGAUGACCAAGAAGAAGAAAUUGGGGAUGAAGAAGACAUAGAAGAAGAUGACCAAGAGGGAGAAGAAGAAGAUGCCGAAGCCAGUGUCUACAUUGAUACCGAAGGAAGGGAGGAAGAACCAGAGGAAGGACAAAACCAGUCAGAAGAAGACGAUGGGGACGAUGAUGGGGAAGAAGAUGAGGAUGCAGACGGAAGCAGAAGCGAAAGUGGUGAAGAAAGUGCGAGUGAUGACAUUGAAGUAUCUUUUGAUGACCGGAAGUCGGACGUGGAAAAUGAUAUACAGGAACAACCGGUCCCAAAGCGACGAGAUUCCGCAAACAAAGGAUUGAGCGCUAAUGUCACCGAGAGUUGUACAUUGUUCAUUCGAAACCUGUCCUUCGACACUUCUGAGGAAGAGCUGUCUGCCGCAUUGUCUACGUUUGGGCCUCUCCGGUACGCCAGGAUUACAGUUGACAAAAGUACUGGUCGAUCUCGUGGAACUGGUUUUGUCUGCUACAAGCGGCAGGAAGAUGCUGCUGAAUGCUUAGCCGCAUAUGAUAAGGCAAGCAAAGCAGCGGCGCUACUUGAAGCGGAAAAUCAUGUUGGCGAUGCGGAUGCAAAAGCCGCAAAACGUCAGAAAAAGCUGCAACCUUCCAAAUCGAUUCUAAUGCCAGAACCGUCUCUGACCGCCGGUGCCACUCCAUUCCUUGUCGGUGGUCGCUUCCUUAAUAUCACGCUGGCGGUUAAUCGCAAGCAAGCUGCUGAGCUUGCGGAAGAAGGCAAACUGCGCCGGCGGGCAGAAGACAAGCGGAAUUUAUAUCUCAUGAGGGAGGGUGUGAUCUUCCCAGAAUCCGACGCCGCCAAAAGCAUGACACCUUCCGAGCUUUCAAAGCGACAGGAAAGCUUUGCUCAAAGAAAGCGAUUGCUCACGAUAAAUCCUAACCUAUAUAUAUCCCGUACGCGGUUGAGUGUACGGAAUUUGGGGCUCAAGGUAGACGAUAAAGAGUUGAAAAAAGUCGCGUUGCUUUCAGUGAAAAAAUUCUGGGACGAAGUGAAGAAAGGGGAGCGCGAGGGAAUGGAGCCUGAGGUAAUCAAAGAGGAAGAGGAUGAAGGCCGGGCAGCUCCAUCUGGUACCCGAAAGACAGUUCUGAAACAAGCCAAGAUCCUGCGGAGCAAAGAUCGCAUCGACGGAACUACAAAACUGCCACGGUCUAAAGGUUACGGUUUCAUUGAGUUUGAAUCACACGCGGACGCACUUGCAUGCCUUCGAUGGUUGAAUAACAACCCACGGGCAUUUGCACCACCACCUUCGAAGAAGGAAGAUGCUGACAUGCAGGCCAUUGAAGAACCGACUUCUUCGCGCGGUAAGCGCCCCAUUGUGGAAUUUGCUAUUGAGAACCGCCAGGUCAUGAAAAGAAGAGAGGAGCGCGAGGGACAGCAUAAGAGUGCUAAACGUAAGCGUCAGGGUGAGGAGGAUGGUGAGAGCGGUCAACCGGCGAAGAAGCGAUUCGGCGAGACAUGGAAAGAAAGAAGGUUGGCUCAAAAGGCGAAGAAACUGUUGAAACAGGGCGAUACGCCGAAAGAGCAAGGUGUGGCCGCUGGAGCUGCGGUUGAGACCCACAAAAAUCAAAAUGCGGCGAAAAACAACAAGCGAAAGCGGGAUCAGGGCGGCUCAGAGAAGAUAGGCCCUGCGGCGAAGAAGAACGCGAAGGAACCAGGGAAGUCUAAGGAUGGCAAAUUGACUCCCAAGGUAGCGGCAGAGAUCAAGCCCAAACCAAAGUCCACUGCGGUCCCAGCACCUCCAAGCGAGGACAAAAAGAAAAAGAAGAAGCCAAAAACCACUAAAGUCGAAAGACGAGACCAACGAGAAGAACAGAAUUUCGAUAACUUAGUGCAGAAGUACAAGAAGAACUUGUUUGGCGGUGCCAGCAAGGAGGCAUCACGGGGAAGUACAACAGGUGGGGAAGGUGGGAUCAAGAGAUGGUUUGCGUAGUCUUACAUAUAUCUAUCAUGUUGCAAUUUGUGUUGGAAUCGUAAUCGAAUAUGCUUAUUAAGAUUUAAAGAUA